UCGAAACCCUAGCAUAAGAUGAUGAUGACAUUGCUUAGACUAAUAAAUCAGACAAAAAGAAAAAAAGCAAUAGCCGUUAGGUUGCAGAGAAAAUUUGCAGGGAAAAGAAAAGCUGCCUCACUCGCUAUGUUGACCGGCACUCUUGGAAGAAAAAAAGGGAGGAACAUGAUGAAAAUGGAGAAAACCACUCAUCAUCAAGAUCUGAUCUCAGACUUGCCUGAAUCGUUGAUUCUCGCAAUCAUUUCCUUCCUUUCAAUGGAGGACGCAACCCGUUUCGGCUUCGCUUCGAAGAGGUUCCUCUCUGCAUGUAUAUCCAUCCCGGUACUCGAUUUCGAUUUCUUGUCAUUCAAGAAAACCUGCUCUAAAAGAUUUGAUUCUGAUCAAUUGAGGUCCUUCUUCAUUGAUUUUGUGUCCAAGUCCCUUCAAUUACGUAGCAGUAAUGAUACUUGUUGUUUUCAGAGGUUGAGUUAUGUGGGUCCGGGUAGUGCGAGUCUGGUUUAUAAGAUUGUAGAAUUUUCAUUACGCAACAAAAUCAAAGUGCUGAAUAUAAAUGGGGAUGGACAAUUUUAUAACAGAUUUCCGACCACCAUCUUUUCAGCUGAACACAUGAUGAGGUUGAAGUUCGAACGGUUUGGUUUGAAUUUGAAGAAUUUGAAAUUGGUUUUGAGCUGUCCCUUGAUUGAGGAUGUCAUUAUCACUGGCUGCAGUGGGUUCAAAACCAUUACCUUGUGUGGUGUUAAACUCAAACAUGUAGUAUUGGAUUCUUGUUGGAAUUUGUUGAACAUUAACAUUGGUCCUCAGGUUAGUCUUGAAUCAUUUUCAUACUCGCCUAGGUCUGAGAAAUUGCAAGAAGUUUCCAAAAUAUCAUUCAAUCUUGACUCUUUCAAGCUUCUUAAAUUCUUAGAGCUUAAGAACACAAAGAUUACCGACGAGUGGUUUCAAGAGCAUGUUUCUCAGUUGAACUUGAUUGAGACUCUCAAGCUUCAUAACUGUGAAAAUUUGAAAAACAUUUGUAUGGUUACCGAUAGUCUAAAAACUUUGGUUUUGGAAAAUUGUAUAGGGCUAGAGAGAAUUUAUAUUAUGGCGCGAAACCUUGAAUCUUUUCUAUUUGAUAUACUGGGGAAGGAAGACCAUUGUAAGAACUUGAAUAUCAGCAGUAGUAAAUAUCUCAAAAACCUGAUACUGAGAGGUGCUAGUGUAACAGACAAAUGGAUUGAAGACCAUUUAUCUACAUUUCUUUACCUUGAGCAUUUGGAACUGAACGGGUGCAAUUUAUUAAAAAAUGUUGAGAUUUGUGCUGGGAAACUAACGAGCUUGGAGUUGUUGAUAUGUACUAAUUUGUCUAAAGUUGAGACUGAAGCUCCAAAUUUAGUUUCAUUCAUUUACAAUGGGAAUUUACUUCCUUCACCUCCAGUACUCAUCUCUAGCUCUAGACUUCAUGCCAAACUUCUGUUAAAUACACCUUCUCAUAUCACGGAAUCGUAUCGUCGGCUUUUUAGAGAUUUUAUGGUAUCCUUUGAUCAGUGCGAAGGAUUGCAUCUAAAUAUCUCUAUUAAGGUAUUGAUUUAUCCUGAAAACGAAAGAAAGAAUAUGAUUCCUCCUUUGUAUGAUCUUAAGCAUCUGAAGGUAGAAGUGAAAUGGAAUAGAACAAAUAGUAUUGUGCAGUUGGUUGAAGGGUUGCUUUGGCUUGUUCCUAAUCCGGAAACUAUUUCUAUUAUAUUACAUGAUUGCGAUCUCAAAGUGAAAUCCUUAAAUUUAAAGUUCCAUUACAAGCGUGCAGGUAAAAAAGAGAACGCGCUUUGCUGCACAUCAUAUCCUAUAAAAUGUUGGCGACAUUUCUUGGUCGAAGUUGAAAUGGACAACUUUGAAGAUUCUUCUGCGAGGAGCAGCGUGCAGAAUUUCCUGAUGGAGAAUGCCGACUGUUUAACAAACGUUAUUUUUAAUACUCAUUAAUGAAUGUCUCCAGAACAGCAUUUAGUAGGGUGAUAUAUAAAGUUGAAGUUGAAUAUUCUAAGUUGAUCAAAAUGUA